AUGUGAAGAAUGGCCUCUCACACAUACAGACGCGCAUAACUAAUUCUAGCCGUAUUUCUUUCCUCAUUUCCACGAUAGAAAUGUGUUUCGCCAAAACAAACAGGCGGAUAAAUGGCGUUUUAAAAUUGUUUGUCACUUCCUCCCGUGACGUCACUGUGUUUGUGUUGAGCGCUGAAACACUGGCAGAUUAGCUACAAACCUGCAGCUGUUUUCAUUUCUUGCAGGUACCGUUUUAACACUUAAUCGUCUUCGAUUACAUACUUUACGUUUUGCGUUUGUUUUCUUCGAGCACUUACGCCUAAGAAGAUCCUGAGGAUUGUUUGUCUCGCUUUCACAGCCAUCUCAUUUUGGUGUGGCGUCACCCGGUCUGGGUGAAAUGUCCUUUAGUUCCACAUGAGCUCUACUAUGUGGUACAUCAUGCAGAGUAUUCAAAGCAAAUACUCAUUGUCGGAAAGGCUUAUUCGAACCAUAGCUGCUAUUCGCUCCUUCCCACAUGAUAAUGUGGAAGACCUUAUACGCAGGGGAGCAGAUGUGAACCGGAUGCAUGGCACACUGAAGCCCCUGCACUGUGCCUGUAUGGUGGCUGAUGCUGAUUGUGUGGAGCUUUUGCUGGAGAAAGGUGCUGAGGUAAACGCCUUGGAUGGCUACAACCGCACUGCCCUGCAUUAUGCAGCAGAGAAGGAUGAGGGUUGUGUGGAGCUGCUUCUAGAAUACGGUGCCCAGCCGAAUGCUCUGGACGGCAACAAGGAUACCCCACUGCACUGGGCCGCCUUCAAAGAUAACCCCGAAUGUGUACGUGCUCUGCUAGAGAGCGGCGCGUGCCCGAAUGUCCGUGAUUACAACAACGACACACCCCUCAGUUGGGCGGCCAUGAAGGGCAACCUGGAGAGCGUCCGUGUGUUGCUAGAGUACGGCGCUCAGGUCCAUGUUACCAACCUAAAGGGCCAAACGCCCAUUUCGCGGCUGGUGGCGCUGCUGGCUCGAGGCCUGGGCACGGAACAAGAGGAAGAAUGCCUGGAGCUUCUUUGCCGUGCCGCGGGGAGGUUCGAGAUCCGCAGGGCUGAUGGCACUUUACCGCGUGAGCUCAGUAAAGAUCCUCAGUUACUGGCUCGACUCACUAACCUCGUAGCCCAGCCGCCCUCGUUGCGAGCCUUGGCGCGCUGCGCCGUUCGUAACAGCCUGGGAGUUCAGUACCUCCCAUCUGCGGUGAAACAGCUCCCGCUUCCAGAGUCAGUGAAAGAAUAUGUGCUCCUCAGAGACUGAGCGAGAAGACUGUCCUUAAUGUGGAGGAGGUAGAUGUCUUCGGUGUAUGUGAACAUGUGAUUGUAAUCAGACUGCAAUCUAAAGUGUGUCUGUCCAUAUACAGUGUGAGGAAGUUUCACGUUUCUUUUGUUGCUACAAUGUCAUCAAGCAGACUUGGGUUGCAGAGAAAUACUGAUCUGGUAGGAGAGAGUGCAUUUAUGAACCCAUAAUGUUAAAAUACCACUCUAAUUGCAAAAAGAAGAUAAUAACUUAAAAAUAGGAUUUACCAGUAAAUCCUAUGGACACACAAAUAACACUUUAACAGCACUUAUAAGUUAUAAUUAUAUAUUAAAUUUGUUUCAAACUUCUACUUGAAAUUAGUUUUUUUUUUAUUUAUGCAGUAAUAGUUUUUUAAAGACAACUAAAACCUUUAGAUUAAAGAAUUAGUUCGCUUCCAGAACAAAAAUUUACAGAUAAUGUACUCACCCCCUUGUCGUCCAAGAUGUUCAUGUCUUCCCUCUUUAGUCGUAAAGAAAUUUUUUUUUUUUAGAAAAACAUUUCAGGAUUUCUCUCUAUUUAAUGGACUUCUAUGGUGCCCCCCGAGUUUGAAUUUCCAAAAUGCAGUUUAAAUGCAGCUUCAAAGGACUCUAAACAAUUCCAGCCGAGGAAAAAUGGUCUUAUCUAGCGAAAGGAUAGAUUAUUUUGUAACAAUUUUUUACAAUUAAUAUACUUUUUAACCUCAAACGCUCCUCUCGUCUAACUCUUUGUGAACCGUUUUUUCCCAGUCGUGAUUGUUAGGGCACGUCUUAAAACUCCGAUCUUAUUUUCUCCUCCAGAUUCAAAAUUGUCCUACAUCGCUGCAGAAGUACCAACUCAGAUUUUACAAAGUGAACAUGCAAAGGAGAUCAAACACCCUUUACUAAAAACGUUAAAAACAGCGAUGUAGUGGGGUUUUUUUGAAGUUGGAGGAGAAAAUGAGACGGGAGUUUUUAGACGUACCCUAACUGUCAUGACCGGGGAAAAAACGGUUGACAUACAGUUAGACAAGACGAGCGUUGGAGGUUAAAAAUUAUAAAAAAUAGUAUUUUUAUUUUUAUUUUUAGAAAAUAACCGGUCGUUUCGCUAGAUAAGACCCUUAUUCCUCCGUUGGGAUCGUUUGGAGCCCUUUGAAGCUGCAUUUAAACUACAUUUUGGAAGUUCAAAUUUGGAAAAUGUUUUCCUCAAAAAACAUAAUUUCUUUACGACUGAAGAAAGAAAGACAUGAACAUCUUGGAUGACAAGGGGGUGAGUACAUUAUCUGUAAAUUUUUGUUCUGGAAGUGAACUAAUCCUUUAAGUUUUAAACUUAAAUAAAUAUUAACGUUUUUGUUAAAUCAUUUUAGGAGGCUUCCCAGUCAGCAAAAGCGGGUGAAAUUUAGCUAAAAUACAGUAUGUUUGCCACAAAGUAACUUUGUUUUACAUUUGUUUACUAAUCUCUGAUAUUUUGAAGCAGAACUAUGUACGUACACUUUAUUGGAUUUCAAAUCACGAUCUGUUUCUGUCCAUCUAUCACUUUAUAAUCAAAAAUAUUUCUCUUGAAAACUACUUGGGUUAGAGUGUUGGAUUGUAUUACCUUUUUUUGGUGCUGAUGGUUUCACAAAAAAUGACCUGUGCUUUUACGUUUGAAAUGAAAACAUAGAAAACCUUAACAAGAAUAUUCUGUGUCGGUAAUGGGAAUGUUCAGUUUUAAUAUAAUGUUAGCAUGAUCGUUCCAAACGCUGGCAGACCACGAACGGGAUGUCUUAAAUGAAUUCAUGUGUCACAUCUUGUAACCCCCCACAGAUUUUUGUAGCUCUGUUUUCAUUUCUCUGUUCUAUUGCUUGAUUAAGAAGUAUGUAGUGCUUACAUCUAGUUUUAUGCAUGCAGACUAACCAGUAAAAGCCUCCAUGCAUUGUU